GAGAGAAGGUUCCAGAUCUUUAUGGAGAAUCUCAAAGAUGCCAAACAGAUGCAGGGAGAAGACCGAGCCACGGCUGUCUAUGGAGUGAACAAGUUCAGUGACAUUUCCGAUGAAGAAUUUGAGAAGUUUUACCUCAACCCAGCUAUAAAUGAGGAUAAUUCGACUUGGCCAGAGGGGUAUAAAUGGGCAGAAGAAGGUGAGCGAUUAGAAAAUCUGUCCUGUCCACGUAAUGUUGACUGGAGGCAAAAGGGAGCAGUCACCAGAGUUAAAAAUCAGGGGCACUGUGCUUCUUCCUGGGCCUUUGGUGUCGUGGCGAAUAUCGAGUCAAUGUGGUAUAUCAAGAAGAGACAGCUGCUAUCCCUCUCAGAGCAAGAACUCCUGGACUGCGACACAUGGGACAAAAGCUGCAAGGGAGGCUUUGCAUACAACGCUUUCAACUCUAUUCUCAGGCUAGGGGGAUUGAUGUGUUACCGUGACUACAGGUACAGAGCCUCACGGGGGUCCUGCAAACUGAUCAAAUCCAAGGUGUCAGUGAAGAUUCAAAACUUUCAGAGCAUUCGCCCACAUGAAGAUGAAAUGAAAGCCUGGGUCGCUCACAGGGGUCCGAUUGCGGUAACCAUCAAUUCAGCAGCACUGAAGGGAUACAGGCAGGGGAUCAUUCGUCCCAGGUUUGGUCAAUGUUCCUCCACCAGACUGACCCACGUGGUAUUGAUUGUGGGCUACGGUUAUUGUGGUCAUCAUCCUUAUUGGAUUCUCAAGAACAGUUGGGGAGUUAACUGGGGAGAGAGGGGAUAUUUCCGAAUCUACCGUGGGGAGCAGGCCUGUGGAAUUAACUGCCAUCCAUGUACAUGUGUUGUCUAAUAGGAGAACUUGGGAAACACGUGAACACCCCUCAGGAGUUCAAUUGGAUGCCUACUUUAAGAGGGGUCUGCUUCAGCUUCUGUAUGCGAAAUGUAUGGGUGGUCCCACCUCCAUCCCAAUCCCAGUGCCCUCUCUGACCAGUUCAGUGUUGAGGCCUGUAUUGGGCACUCGGUGGUGACACAUGGGAACCAUCGCUCCAUUGCCUGCCUGCUGCUGCCUUCCUGAAGACUGAGCGAUCCACCAGAAAUGUCUUUCCCCUUCUGCACUUGCCUUUAAUAAACCGUCAUGAGCAUCU